GGCCCGGGCCGCCGCACGCCGCCCAGCGGGACCGCCGCCGCCGCAGCCGAGGACACAGGGAAAAAGCGCCAGGAUAAAGACAUGUCAAAAGUUAAAAAACCACAGGAUGCUUCAGGCUCGGCUCCAACAGAAGGAAAGGCAAAGUCCAAAAGCCGUAACACGUACAGAUUGGAGCCACGCACUAAAGUUCAGGGUGACUUAUUACAAGACAAAGCUCAAGCGAUACUGACGAAUAAACUACGAUACGCCACGUACGAUGGAGCUUCUAGUGCCUUCUUGUGUGCCUCAAUCUCAGAAGAAAUAUUAAAUGCUGUGAAGGAAUUGAACUAUGACCGUUAUAAGUAUGUGGUAUCAGUGCUAAUUGUGGAAAAGGCAAAUCAGGCAAUGAUUGUUGCCAGCAGAUGCCUCUGGGAUGCUCAAAGAGACACUUGGGUUUCAGCUAAAUGUGAAACUGAUACAUUUAUUGCACUGGCUUUGGAUGACACAGAAGAAAAUUCCAAUGAUGGCAGCCAGCCAUCCAAAAGGCGGCGUAUGGGCUCAGGGGACAGUUCACGAAGCUGUGAAACUUCCAGUCAAGACCUUGGGUACAGUUAUUUUCCUGCUGAAAAUUUGAUAGAAUACAAAUGGCCACCUGAUGAAACAGGAGAAUACUAUAUGCUUCAGGAACAAGUCAGUGAAUAUUUGGGUGUAACUUCCUUUAAAAGAAAAUAUCCAGAUUUAGAAAGGCGAGAUUUAUCUCACAAGGAGAAACUCUACCUCAGAGAACUAAAUGUUAUCACAGAGACUCAGUGCACACUAGGUCUAACAGCUUUGCGUAGCGAUGAAGUAAUUGAUCUCAUGAUUAAAGAAUACCCUGCCAAACAUGCUGAGUAUUCUGUUAUACUGCAAGAGAAGGAACGGCAGCGAAUAACAGAUCAUUACAAAGAGUAUUCUCAAAUGCAGCAACAGAACACACAGAAAGUAGAAGCCAGUAAAGUUCCAGAAUAUAUUAAAAAAGCUGCCAAGAAAGCUGCAGAAUUCAACAGCAAUUUAAACCGAGAGCGGAUGGAGGAAAGAAGAGCCUAUUUUGAUUUACAGACACAUAUUAUCCAGGUGCCUCAAGGAAAAUACAAAGUCUUGCCUACAGAGAGAACAAAGGUUAGUCCUUAUCCAGUGGCUCUCAUACCCGGCCAGUUCCAGGAGUACUACAAAAGAUACUCUCCAGAUGAACUUCGUUACUUGCCGCUAAACACAGCCCUUUAUGAACCUCCUUUGGAUCCGGAGCUGCUCACACUGGACAGUGAUGGAGAUUCAGAUGAUGCAGAGGAAGGGCGAGGUGAUGAAAAAAGGAAAACCAAAGGCAAUUCGGACAAUUCGUCUGGCAAUGUAUCUGAAGGUGAUUGCGCCACAGACAACCAGGAGGAUUCUUUUCAGGGAAGACAAAAAACAAGAGACAAAAGUGCUACUCCAAGAAAAGAUGGUUCCAAACGUUCUGUAUUACCCAAAUCAGUUCCUGGGUACAAGGUUGAAGAAAAAAGCCCCUGACUGAAUUUUACUCACCAGCUUCUUCCUGAAGUAUUUGGUUUUUUUAAUAAUGUGGAACUUCUGCUUGCUGUACUUCACUAGCUGUUCUCCUGUUGUGUGCUCCAUCUGUUUGCUUCCUUAUUUCCUUUUUGCUUAUAUUUCGUGUGGGGCUUUUCUUUACCCUAGCUGUACAGUGGCCUCCUAUUGGGUUAACUUCUUAGAUUCAUAGCAAUAACGCUAGAAAAAUCCAUUGUGGAUUUAUCAUUGGAACUCAACAUCUUUCUGUCUGCUUUAAAUUAGCAGUCAGAAAUGUGUGCUAGUUUGAAGCUAGCACUCACUAUCCAUUACUUUUUUUCCUAUUUUGUAUGGCAGCAUACCAAGAGAUCAGUCCUAUAAAGUGCAGCGGUAUGGCUGAGCAUAUUGUUACAACAUUAAUUUUAAAUACAGCCUUUUAUCCUGCAAUAUUAUGAUGUAUAGGAUGGAAGGCAAAAAGCUUAUUACAGCUGUAUAGGCCACACUAUGUAACCCCUGUAAUAGUAUUUGGAAAAUAGCUUUUUAUGUAGUUCAUACUAUGUAGUAACAUUUGUGGGCAAUAUGCUUUUAUCUAAACUAGAAACUUGGUGAGGAUGUUAAGACAUUUCAGCUAUCACGCAGUGAUUGCCGAACCUAAGACCCCAGUCUUCAGUGUUUCUAUAUAAUAAUUUCAAGAAUUAUGAUAAAAAUACUUUUCAGAAGAAGUGGGAAUUGACAUGCAUUGUUUAUAUGUUACUGUUCUGCAUACUGAGAGAGGAUCUGAAUAAACUGUAACACAUUUAAAGCAGGUAAUUGUCUAGUCCUGUUCCGCUGAGAGGAAUGAGAAUUUUCCAUUGACUUAAGUGGGAGCAGGAAUAGAUCCAUAAGGAGGGAAAACACUAAGUUAAGAUAGGGUUGAGUGUUUACCAGUGAGGAUUACUUAUUGAUAGUUAAGGGACAGGGAACAUUUUUGUCAGUGACAAGUUUGUACAUACUGAGAAUCUGUCUCAGCAAAAGUGAGCUGUUGAUGGCUUGCAUUUUAUGUUUAUAAAUAUUUACUAUCUGUGUUUACCAAGUUAAUAGUAAAUAAACUAUAACUUACAAUAAGAAGCUAAUUUCCAGCAACAAUUGGACAGCUUUGAUAAAUUUUCUCUACAUACAGUAUCUGUACAGGUUCAUUACAGACAGCAAGCUCCAGUUGCUUUUUCUGUUUUCAGGAACUUAUUAAGAAAUGCGUGAACUGUGUAGAUUUAGAAUGUGGUUACCACAUUAUAUAUAUUUUUUUAUAUGUAACUUUGCAAGAAGUUGUAGACAUAGAAUGCAUUUCAGUAUUCCCAUGAAAUCCAAAGAUGAAGGCUGAAAUUUUUCUUUAGCUUUGUGUAACUUGACAUUAGAAAUUGUGUGCCACUAGUUUACAGAAGCUUCACUUAGCUGCGAGAUGCCCAAGUGUUUGAUUAGUUGAAUCUAUUUAAUGGCCUUAUGAGUGCAUAGAGAGAGGACUGGUGGAGCAGAGCUUUGAUUUGAACUUAAAAUUGUACAAGAGUGGUAGUAGUAUAGAGCACUGCAUUUUGAGAAUGGAUUCCCACAGCACUUAGUUACUGUGAUUCUGUCAGUAUCGCAGUAACAAGGUCUUAGUUACAGUGCCUCAUCUUUACAAUGUCAGCAUACAUUGCCUGCAUCAACCUGCCUGUGGUUAAGUCCGGGGUGGUGAUGAUGUGUUAGGAGGGUGAGAGGAUUGGCUUUCUUGUUUGUGGGAACGUUUGAAAUACUGCAAUAAGACAAAUUACAUGAGCUGUUUUAAUGGGCAAGACAGAAUGAUUCUUGUUUGUGAGUCUAUGAAAACAUCAGAUAACAAUAUACCUACCAUAUGUGCCUGCAUGUUAAGGCACUUUGAGCCGAAGGCUUAACUGACUCAAAAUGUUUUUCCUGUGAAAUCUUUAUAAUACCUUUGUUCUGUAUUGUUCUCUAAUAUUGGACUAUUUUUGUAGGACACUAAUCUUUUGGUUACAUGUAGUUAAAAUUGAGGGAUAAUUGCUAUGGCAUCAGCGUAUAUAUGUAUAGCCACGUUAUGAGUAUUAUAGGAUUCCAUACAUUUCCACUGAGUUAUUUUCAAGUAAAAGAAAUACUGUAUUUUAUAUGGAGUCUUUUUUAUUGUCAGUUCUUUAACAAAGAACGAUUAGCAUGUGUUUUACAUUUUGUCAUGUUCCAAGUAGUGAGUCUAUUGCUGCAGGACUGACUGCUACAAUUGCACACGCAGGGUACUGUUAAAAGUACAAAAGAUUUUUUUGCACAUAAAACUGAAAUGUAUUGCAUAUCUUUAUUUUGCAACACUUCUGUUUUGGGUCACUGUAUAUGAAAAUGUAAUGCUUUGCAUUCAGAAUAGGAUGUAAAACAAAAAUGGUGUAGUUGGAAAGCUACUUUGAGAGCUGCAGCACAGCAGCAUGGAAGUGAAAACCUACACAUCACAGUUGUCAUUUUGACCCUGCAUUCAUUUUCUCUCAUAUCUUAUCCCAGUAAAAUGGGGAUAUCGAAAGGAAAAUUUACUCCUCAUGAGAUGGGAUAUUGUGACUUCCCCUUUGGAAUUGACACAUUUUUUAAUAGCAUUUCUAAAAGCCAUUUUUGGUGAUAGAAUGGAACUGGAUUAAAAUGUGAAUAGUCUUGAGUUUUUAAAAUUUUUGUUGUUGUUGUUUCUGUAAAAAUACUUCCAUACUGUUGGAACUUCAUUCUUAAAAGUCUGUGAUUCUCACCCCCCCUUAAUAUGCACAGUUUCUAAUGAAUACAGGUUAGUGAACUAAGUCUAGAUGGAAGCAUUGUUAAUAAAUGCAUCUGUAGCAGUGUCUACCUAGAGAGUUAUGUGUAUCAGAAUGUGAACUGCACACACCUGUAAGACUUGGAUGUGUCCAAAAAGCAGCUCGCUUUGGGUGGAGUAUUGGGAAGUGUGCUGAUGUAUAUUAAAGGCAGGAAAAUACAAAUCUGUAACAAGCCAGAAGUGUGAUUAGAAAAGUUUGCUUGCUAUUCCGGAAAGGCUUGGUUUCUUAUAUUACAAUAUAAUUUAAAAAUAGCCUAAACAAUGGAAGGGUAGAUGCUGCCACGCUGACAAGGUUUAAGCAUGUGCCACUUUUGUUGGGAGGAGCAGGGUAUAAAGGUAUACAUGUAGGACACGUAGUAUAGUUAACAGUAAAAGAGUUUAUGCGUGGUUUUCCUUCCAUUAUAUUUAUUAUUUUGUAGAGAUGUUUGUGUGUUAGACUUCUUUUACUGUUUAUUAUUAUAUUUAUGUAUAAAACAGGUUGACUUUCCUUUUUUAAAAUAAAUAAGCAAAAAAAAGUCUA